AUGCAGAGUAAAGAAGCAGUCGUGGACGAUGGGGAAAUAACGUCGUCUUUGAAUGUUGCAAACUCCGAAUUCGAUGAGUGGAACAAUUUUGGGGACGAUGACAUAAUGCAGCAGCAGUAUACAAUUCAGGCUGACGAAGCUAAGAAAGUUCCAUUUGUGGGUGACAAGGAAACACUGAGUAGCUUAGCUGCUGAAUAUAAAUCUGGCAGUCCUAUCUUGCUGGAGAAAAUAAAGGUGCUUGAGGAGCAAUAUGCUGCCAUUCGUCGCACUCGGGGAGAUGGAAACUGCUUCUUUCGAAGCUUUAUGUUUUCAUAUCUUGAGCAUAUUAUGGAAUGUCAAGACCAAGCAGAAAUCGAUCGAAUCCAGCCAAAUAUUGAAAAAAGUCGAAAAGCAUUGCAGACUUUGGGUUAUGCAGACCUGACUUUUGAAGAUUUUUUUGCAUUAUUCCUUGAGCAGCUGGAGUGUGUUAUUCAAGGGAAAGAGACGUCCAUAAGUCAUGAAGAGCUUGUUAUUCGGAGCCGAGAUCAGUCAAUAUCUGAUUAUGUCGUUAUGUUCUUCAGAUUUGUCACCUCCGGUGAAAUACAAAUGCGCGCAGAAUUUUUUGAACCUUUCAUACUGGGCUUAACCAAUACAACAGUCGAGCAGUUUUGCAAAUCAUCUGUUGAACCAAUGGGUGAAGAGAGCGACCAUGUGCACAUUACUGCCCUUUCAGAUGCAUUGGGCAUUCCAAUCCGUGUUGUGUACCUUGACCGCAGCUCAUGUGAUACUGGUGGUGUCAGUGUAAAUCAUCAUGAUUUCAUGCCAGUGGCUGGUGAUCUCCCAAAUGCUAGUUGUAGCUCCGAAAGGAACAUUCCUUUCAUCACUCUGCUGUAUCGCCCUGGUCACUAUGACAUCCUCUAUCCGAAGUGA